AACUAAAGCCGAAAAAGACAUCAUCAUUAUUGAGGUAUAUAAUCUAAUAUUAUACUUCCCCAAAUCCAAUUAACACCAAACCAACAUGGGUUGGAAUCUCUCAUCUCUACUUCCUCUCCUCCUCCUCGCCACCGUCUUCCACCACCAUUCGACGGUGGCACUACCGCUCUCCACCAACUCACGAUGGAUCGUGAGCGACGGAGAAGGCGGCGAAAGAGUAAAACUAUCAUGUGUGAAUUGGGUUAGCCAUCUGGAUGCAGUUGUGGCAGAGGGUCUAAGCAAACAACCGGUUGAUGUGAUCUCAAAAAAAAUAUUGGAUAUGGGAUUUAAUUGUGUUAGACUCACAUAUCCACUUUUUUUAUUCACUAAUGACAGUUUAGCGUCAGUUUCAGUAAGGCAGUCGCUUAAAAAACUUGGGUUGAUAGAGUCCAUUGCCGGAUUUCAAGCCAACAAUCCUUCUUUUAUUGACCUCCCUUUAAUCAAGGCUUUUCAGGAAGUGGUUGCAAGCCUUGACAGAAACAAUGUUAUGAUGGUAUUAGAUAAUCAAAUAAGCAAGCCCGGCUGGUGUUGCAGCGAUUUUGAUGGCAACGGAUUCUUUGGUGACCGAUACUUUGACCCUGACGUGUGGCUCAAGGGUCUCGCUAAAGUUGCCACCAUGUUCAACAGCACAAAAAAUGUGGUUGGUAUGAGUUUAAGGAAUGAACUCCGCGGCCCUAAACAAAAUGUUAGCAUUUGGUAUAGGUACAUGCAAAAAGGCGCGGAGGUAGUCCAUGCGGCAAACCCUAAUGUUUUAGUAAUCUUGUCCGGUUUGAGCUACGACAAGGAUUUAUCUUUUAUUCAAACUCAAGAUGUAAGCUUAACAUUUAGCAACAAGUUGGUUUUCGAAGCUCAUUGGUACGGGUUUUCCAACAGUGAAGAGUGGGAAACCGGCAACCCUAACCAAGUAUGUGGUCGGAUUGUCGAUAACAUAAUGCAAAAAUCGGGGUUUUUGUUGGAGAAAGGUUACCCUUUGUUUAUAAGUGAAUGGGGUGUGGAUCAAAGGGGCACAAAUGAGAAUGACAAUAGGUAUUUGAAUUGUUUCAUGGCAUGGGCUGCUGAUACUGAUCUGGAUUGGGCUAUAUGGACCCUUGCUGGUAGUUAUUAUUUUAGGGAAGGUGUAGUUGGAAUGGAAGAGUUUUAUGGGGUUUUGAAUUGGGAUUGGUGUGAAGCAAGAAAUUCAAGUUUCUUGAAGAAAAUAUCACCCAUCCAAUCUCCAUUUCAAGGCCCGGGAUUAUCAAACACCCGUCCACAUAAAGUAAUCUUCCAUCCAGCCACGGGGCUAUGCGUGCAACGACAAUCGUUAUUCAAGCCGUUGACUUUGGGUGCAUGUGCCGAAGCUGAGCAUUGGGAUUACACCCAAAAACAGACCCUAACAAUAAAGGGUACAUAUUAUUGCUUGCAAACAGAUGGAGUAGGGAAGAAGGCAAAACUAGGCUUAAUAUGCACCGACAGUUCAUCGAAAUGGGAAGCCAUAUCAGCCUCUAAACUACACCUUUCAUCCAAGACCAACAAUGGCACAGUUGUUUGUUUGGAUGUAGACUCUGAAAACAACAUUGUCACAAACAAUUGUAGAUGUUUGACCAAUGACAAUGGGUGCGACCCCGCUAGCCAGUGGUUUAAAAUCAUUAACAGCACAAUGAGCGCGGCUUCAGAACCCUACAGUCGGGUCGAUGCUAUCCUGCAGUCACUCGGAGCUAAUUUAUUCGGAUAAAACUUUACUUCUGCAUAUUAUAAAGUGUUAUACCAUCUGAAAAUAACAUUUAGCAACUUCAUUGACACAUUUUGCAUGAUACCAGUGGCAAGGUCGGCCCGUUUGACUAAAAAACAGGUCAAUUUGAGUUGUAUAUAUCUCCACGAACACGCCAAAUAUGUAGAUUGUGUCGAAAGACUUGCAAAAUGCUUUCAAAUGCAUAACCUCUUAUAUAUAUCACUUACUGAAUUAUUGUUAUUUUA